AUGGCAGUGACUCCAAUUCUUACACCGGCUCUGCUCACAGCAAUACGCAAUCAGCCCAACCUCCCGCGAAACUCGUGGUACUUUAUCACAGCAACGACAUUGUCAGCAAUCAAUAGGCCAGAUGAAGUACCAAACGUGCUGAAGAAUGCCAUCGAAGAAAGAUUAGAAACUGCCAAUGAGGGUGCCACGGGUCGGGAUGAGCAACUACGUAUCGCUAGACGCCUCAGAGAAGCUCUUGUGAAAGCCUCCGCUGUUGCAGGCAUGCCCAAGGUCGGAACCAUUCGGACCAUCAAUGCCUUGCUCUCGUUGAAGUCCGCAACGCCAGAAGACCUCCUGGACGAAUCAGGAACAUAUGAUGCAUCACCUAGGCACAAGGACAUAUACGACUCUUCACCUACUCAGGUGCUCGAACGAGGGCAGUCCUUUUUCGAAAAGAUAUAUGGCAAGAUAUCUCGGCGUAUAAUGGGUCAACUCGAUCGUUCAGGUGCACCAGACUUGGGCUUACUGGCGAGAAUGACCUACGGAUAUGUGCUCAGCAAUACCGACGUACUCACACCGGCCGAAACAUCAUUCGUGCUUAUUGCCAGUCUCAUUCCCCAAGACGUGAGCCCUCAACUAAAAGGACAUCUGCGGGGUGCAUUGAAUGGAGGCGCCACUGUGGACGAAGUGCGGGCUGUUAGAGAUAUAGUGAUAAAGAUAUGCGAGGCAUCUGGAAUGAGGAAACUCGAAGAGACUGCCAUUGGGGGAUGGGGUUGGAGAAGUGAAGUUGCUAAUGUGUAG